AUGACCCUCGACAUCAACUACCUAAGGGGAACAAUGGCAGCCGUCCUGUCAAUGCUCCAGCACUCGACCUGCCCUGAGAACCUCUCCUUCCACUUCCUCUCCGCCCACUCCGAGCCCGAGCUCUCGGCCAGCAUCAACCAGACCUUCCCUUACCUGACCUUCAGGAUCUACAACUUCAACCCGAACUGGGUCAGGGGCAAGAUCUCUCGGUCCAUCCGACAGGCCCUCGACCAGCCCCUGAACUACGCCAGGAUCUACCUGGCCGACAUCCUCCCCUCCGAGGUCGGCCGGGUCAUCUACUUCGACUCCGACAUCAUCGUGGUCGACGACAUCGACAAGCUCUGGAACGUGACAUGGAAGGUAAGGUCGUCGCGGCGCCCGAGUACUGCCACGCCAACUUCACCCCGUACUUCACCGACCGGUUUUGGUCCGACCGGAAGCUGGCUGGGACCUUCGAGGGGCGGAGGCCAUGUUACUUCAACACGGGUGUGA